AUUAGUGAGGCUCACCUGUCAGGUGUGUGGGUGAAUCGUGAAGCUGUAGUGAAGCUUUAGAUUGUGAAACGUUAUUUUCUGAUUUAUUAUAAUCACAUAAUUAAUUAUUAACGAUGAAUGAGAAGAAAAUGAUUCGUGUUUUUUGGUUUGUAUUGUUCUUUGUAACGCGCGUUGGCUGUGCAGUGGACGGCAUGUUUAAUAUUGGAUGCAGUGACCGUCAGUUCUGGCUGGUGGUGAAGUCUAAUUUUCUGGGCAGCAGGUUCAGGUUUGAGGUAGAGGAAGAAGGGUCAGGUGUGCGGCAGGUGUGGGGUCAGUGGGCGGCGGAGUGCGGAUACACCCUGCAGCUGGACUCCUGGGGUGACCUCACACUCCGGGUGUCUUACCUGGCCUGUGGCGUCCAGAACCAGGGAGACUCGGAGUUCCGGCUGAUGCUGUGGUUUGUGAAUGAAGGUGCUGCUGAAGAGGGAACUUCUCAGCAUCCUCUGCUGCUGUCCUGCAGACUGGAGGAACCCUGGCGGCCCAGAGAGGUCGUCUGUGAGAAGAACUACAUGGAGAUUUCUGUGGAGAAACAGCUUCCUCCUGAUAAUCAGAAGGGAACCGAGUGGGUCGCCCCCGGACCUGCAGAUGAUACACUGCGUGAAUUGCGUGUGUUAUUCCGAGUGCCUGAUCUCCGGGAACGCCUGAGCUCCGGCUGGCCUCCUCUAAAGGAGGAGAGUAUUCCGGGGCACCUGGUGCACCUGCUGGGCUACAGCAUCAACAUGACGACGUCCCGUAUCGUCCUGCGCUGCGCCUAUGGGUCCAGACUCGCAUAUACCCUGCAGGAUGGUAAUGUUACAGUGGAGAUAGUCAGCACCACCCUCCUGUACCGACACCAGUGGACCCUGCUCAGAGUGGACACAUCAGUGGCCUGCACCACCUCUCAGGGCAGUUCGGACGGGGCAGAUGUUAUCUGGAUGUUGCCCUGGUUGCUGCCCCCCCUGGUUCAGACCCCACUCAAACAGAAGAGUCUGAAGGUGGCCGUGGGCGGGUACUACAUCAGCCAGUGUGAGGCACGUGACCGCGGGUACAGGAUUCAGGACAACAACGACACCAUAGAGAUCCGCAUCCCGUUCGGAGCUGAUGGAGGACGCCUGAAGAGUGGUGUAACUGAAGGACAGUACUCUCAGCUGUACGAGGUGGACGUGGUGCUGCUGAGGGAAUGGGAGGAUUCUGCCUGGGGACGAACACAGCAGCGCACCUUCAGGACCCUCAGCACCAACCGGAAACUCCCCGUCAUCAUCACCGACCACACGGCGCCCUCUGGUGGAGAGCUGCUGGUGUCGGUGGGUGUGUUCCUGCCAGAUAUUCUUCUGGUGAACGUGAGCACAGCAGAUCAGGUGUUCACUUGGGAUGAAGCUGAGCGGAACUCUGUCCGUAUAUCUCAGGUUUCAUUCUCCAAUGGUACUCACUCUUACCUGCUGCAGGUUCCCUUCAGGCACCCACUCGUCACACAGAAGUAUGUGGGAGAAGGUUACAGCAGCUACUCCCUCUCGCUGCUGCUCUCCUUCCUGCUUUCCCCCGAUGGUCAGAUCUUCCACGUCCCGCUGAUCCUUCGCUCCACGCUGCAGGACGCAGUGGUGCCUUGGCUGGAGGGGGCGUGUUCAGACCGCGGAGUGCGAAUACAGGUGCAUUAUGGGAAUUUGCAGAAACAGUGGGGCGUGUAUGUGGGUGGAUUGAAGCUGCAGCAGCUGCUUCAGAACAGACAGUACAUCCUGGAUACAACCGAAGAGUCCGUCUCCAUAGAGAUCCCACUGUUCGCACCGGGGAUGGACUACAAGGGUCUGAGUCUGCAGGGACUGGAGGUCAGUGUUUGGGUCAGGUUGGUCCACGUAAAGACUAUGGAGGAGCUCUCGCACCUGCAGGAAUGUACCUUACCUGUGAAGGAGCUGCUGGUGUGUCUGCCGGAUGGUCAGAUGGUGGCGCUGUUGGACGUCUCUGGUGUUUUUCCUCCUGUGGAUCCUAAACGCAUGGUUCUGCUGGACCCGUCCUGCGGUCCACUGGACACUGACAGUUCCAGAGUGCUCUUCAGCUUCCCCUCAGGAUCCUGCGGUUCAGUAGUCACUCAUGCAGACGGUCAUGUGAUCUACGCUAACACAGCAAGGUACCUGCCUCCAGAUCCCGCCCAUGCCAGACUGCACCCGCACCUGUACAGCGUUCCUCUGAUGUGUGUGUUUCCUGAGAGCGGACCCUACAGCAUCUCCAUCUACAGACCUCGCUCUACAGCGCCCCCUACAGCACCCCUCAUUCCCAUACCCUACCCACACACUCCACACACACACAGCGCAGGUGAGAUUUAAAAUGGCUCCCCCUGCCUGCUGGAGGAUGAAGGAACGUCCAGCUACUUCUCUUGAAGUGUCACACUUACAACAUUACCAUGACGACAGCGCUGGACCCCAACAGGACAGUGAAAUGCGAUUGGUCGUCCCCGCAGUCAGGGGUUACUCAAUUAAACCAGUUAUUAAAUAAAGUUUGCUAUUUUUCAUGCA